AUGCGGCCUCACGUUGCCAUCCAGGCGAUCGUCUUUUUCAGCAUCCUGGGGCUGCUUUAUCGCUACUAUGGUCACCACUCUCACUUGUCUGCCGUCACCGAGGGGGCCUACCCGGUGACGGAGAUUGCCAUUCCCCAGACCGUCCACCAGCUUCUCCUAUCGAUGCCCGACCAUCCCGUCUCGCAGUUUGAACCCAGUGAUCACGUGAUCUCAUGGCAGCAGUCCGGCUGGAAGGUCGAGUACUGGAGUGAGGAGGCCUGUCUCGAGCUGGCACGCGAGGUGGACGCGUCAGGAACCUUUGCCGCCGCAUUUGAGCAACUUCCCUAUGCGGUGCUCAAGUCGGACUUUUGUCGCUACCUGGUCCUGUUCGGGCGAGGAGGAGUGUACAGCGACCUUGAUGUCCACCUCGUCCGGCCGCUGCCAUGGACCGUUAUGGGUUCUGAAGACGAGCAUCAUAGUCCCCCGAAUGUGAUUAUUGGACUGGAAGGAGACGCGACCACAAAAGGUCUGCCUCGCUCGCCGCAAUUUGUCCAGUGGACUAUGGCGUCGAAUGCUUUGCACCCCAUGUUCCGGGAUCUACUCACUCGUAUUGCGGAGAGGACGUCGAGUUUUGUGAAACAGGUGCACGCCUUGGAGGGGGAUGCUGAGGUCAAUGUUAUGGACUGGACGGGGCCGAGUGUAUGGACCGACACUAUCCUCGACUACUUGGGCUGCUCGGAGGAGCAAAUACAGAAUCUACGGGACUUGAAAGAUCCUGUGAGAAUUCGAGACGUGAUGAUCCUUCCCAAAAGAUCAUUUGCGGUCACACAGGGGGAAGAUCACACUUCACCCGAUGUGCUGGUGAAGCACUAUUUUAGUGGCACAUGGAAGGGUUGCAAAAACCGCUGGCAUGGGCGGAUUUUACCAUGGCUUUCAUACAAUAUGCUUACUGUACAUCACCUCCAACGAUCUCAAUCCGAGCGCAUCGUCUGGCUCUGCGAGGAACUGAGCAUCCCCUACGAGCUCAAAACCUACCAGCGCGAUGCAAAAACUCUCUUAGCCCCUCCAGAAUUGCAGCAGCUCCCCGUCAUCCAAGACGGCAGCACCACCCUCGCAGAAUCCGGCGCCAUCGCCGAGUACAUCCUGACCAAAUACGGGAAUGGGAAAUUGGUCAUCCCUCCCACAGCAGACAACUACGCUGAUUAUCUCUACUUCUUACACUUUGCAAACGGAUACUUCCAGCCCGCGCUGGUGGGGUACUCCACGGUCCUCCGAUCGGGGAUCUCCCGCGACGAUCCCAGCGCGAGAUUCGCCCGGCGCAAUUUCGAGCAGGCGUUGAGGGUUUUGGAUGACCGACUUACCAAAAAUACCUGGCUGGCGGGCGAGGAGUUCACGGCGGCGGAUGUGAUGAAUGGGUUUACUCUGACGACUGCGAGGUUGUUCUUCCCGUAUAGUUUGGCGGGGUAUGAGGGGAUCCUGGCGUAUUUGCACAGGGUUAGCCAGAGGGAGGCGUAUAAGGCUGCUAUGGCCAAGGGGGAUCCUGGGUUGGUUCCGUUGAUUAGUGCUGAGAAGCCCCGGCCGAUCAGGUUGUAG